AUGGCAGACAACUCCACUUCUCCCCCUUCAAACACCACAUGGUGGCCUGGAGAUGAUACAUCCAUUGCGGAAACUUACUCAUCAAGACGUUCAUCAGUCGCUGAGUACUCAGUUCGGAGUGACAGCAUCAUAACACUGCCAAUCCAAGGCUCAGAGACACCAACCACGCGAGCAAAUAUGGCCGGAGCAUCAGGAGGGUCAACCCCAGAAGUGAGGCAUAAGAUAGAGAGUGCAUCGCCGGAGACGGCACGUCACAUUGCGAUGAGAAUGUAUAAGAGCUUGAGAAGACAUGGGUUGAAAGAUGAAGUCGGACAGGCGUUUACGAGAGAUGAACCAGAGAUAGAAGAGGUGAAGGAAGAUGAUGCGACUGGGAUGAGGAAGAAGAGUGAGGAGCUUAUGGGGAUGGAGUAUCUAUUGAGAGACGGUUUUGUUAGUUAUCUUCGUGAUGUUGCAAGAAUCACUCCUCCUAUUCCUCAACAGGUAGUUCGAUUUUCAAAUGUUCAGUACUCAAAGAAGUUUGAAAUAUCCGGCAACGAAUACGAGACAUUUGGCAAUAAAUUGGUGGGGUGCUUUGUUGGUCCAUUCAAGGCACUGUUCCAGGAGAAGAAUUCAACAUGGGUGCAUAUUCUGAAGGGAGUGGAUGGGUACCUCAUGCCUGGUUCAAUGACUCUUCUUUUAGGUCCUCCAGGAUGUGGAAAGAGCACUCUUUUAGAAAUUCUUGCAGGAAGAGUAGAAGAAACUAAGAACUCAAACUUGCAAGGCAUGGUGAUGUACAACAACAGAUAUGCCUCUGAAAUUCGUCUAAGUAGACUUAUUGCCUAUAUAAGUGGCCAGCUUAACAAACACCUUCCAUUUUUAUCGGUUCGAGAAACACUCGAGUUCGCAAGGGAUUGUACACAGGGACUUCAGCCAGAGAACUUCACUCCUCAGAUGAGAAAAUUUUUUGCCCAUGCGCUGGUUGAGGGACAAGAUCCAUUUUUGGAGUAUAUUCUAGAAAUCCUAAAUCUAAAGAAUAUAGAGAACAAACUCGCUGGAGAAGCCAUUUCUGACGUUGAUUGCCAAAAGCUCACAACUGCUGAGUUAGCAUUAGAAACAUAUUCAGUCAUGCUUUACGAUCAACCAUUUUCCGGGUCUGAUCUUGCAGCCACAUAUGAUUUAGUGGACACUGUAAGGACCAUUAGCAGGAUUCAGCAAUCUUCAGCAAUCAUGUCACUUACCCAACUAUCACAGGAAGUGUUUGAUCUGUUUGAUAGAAUCAUACUUCUCAGUGAUGGUCAUGUUUUGUUUCAAGGCCCUCGUCAAGAUGCAGUUCCUUACUUUGCCAACCAUGGGUACAAGAAGCCAUCGCACGUGGAGGCUGCUGAGUUUCUUGAAGAUAUAGCAGCUGGAGAUGGUUACCAGUAUAUGGCACCAGACGCAACUCCUUUGGCCAUAAAUGAAUUGGUAGAGUGCUAUAGGGCUUCUGAUCAUCAUAAAGAUAUAAAGAGAAUUGUUGUCGGGGAUGAUGUGAAGCACACGUAUUGGGUAGAAAGUGAGCCUGGGCUCGGCCUGUCCCUUAAAACACCAUCCAAGUACCACUCCUCAACUGAUGCAGAGCCAAGAAAAGAGACAGGUAUAGAAGUCAUCACGUCACAAAACCAAUAA